UCGGGGACGUACUUCGAGAACAUUAUCGUGGUGCAAUACGAUCCCCAGGUCCAGGAAGUUUGGGACCAAGCGAGAAAGCUGCGAUGCACUUGGCACGACUUGUACGAGAAAUCCGUCACGUUUCGCCCGUUCCCCGUCGACAUGUUGGACGUGGUGCGGGCAGAUUUCGCCGGCGACAACGUCGGUUGCUGGAUGCAGAUACAGGUGGGCAAGGGGCCGUGGGCGUCCGAGGUUUCGGGCCUGGUGAAGAUCGGCCAAACCAUGACC